AAAAAAAGACAGGUAGAGAAGGUCACUGUAUGCGUAACGGGAAUUACGGACUAGACAGCACUGUGCAGACUGGGCUAUAUAACUCGAUAAAAAGGGGCAAAGGGGCAAGAUGGCCAACUUCAAGGGUCACGCCCUGCCAGGCAGCUUCUUCCUGCUGUUUGGCCUGUGGUGGUCGGUGAAGUUCCCGCUCCGACGGUACUGGAGGAGGGGUAGGCCUGCACAGGGAGAUAGACUCCCGCAGUUCUUCAACCGAAUAGACCUUGUGGAGGGGGGACUCAAGAUCUUCUUCGCCUUUGUGGGCAUCAUGGCUGAGCAGUUCGUGCCCGAUGGUCCCCACGCCCACCUGUACACCACUGAUGCCUGGGUGAAGCUGAUGAACUGGCAGCACAGCACCAUGUACCUCUUCUACGGGAUCUCUGGCGUCACAGACGUCCUCUCCGCUUCGUCUCCGGCCAUCCCGCUCAGCCUCGACCGCCUCGGCCUCUCCCUGGCCCUCUUUGUCGAAGGGUUCCUGUUCUACUUCCACCUCCAUGGCCGGCCGCCCCUGGACAUACACGUGCACUCCCUGCUCCUGGUGGCCGUGUUCGGGGGAGCGGCCAGCACCUUCCUGGAGGUCUUUCUGAGGGACCAGCCAGUGCUGGAGGUGCUGAGGAGCAGCCUGGCCAUCCUGCAAGGCAGCUGGUUCUACCAGAUCGGUUUUGUCCUGUAUCCGCUCAGCGGGCCGAAGUGGGACGAAACGCAACACGACAACAUGAUGUUCAUCACCAUGUGCUACUGCUGGCACUACGCCACGGCUCUGCUCCUCGUCGGUGUUAAUUACAGCCUCGUUUACGCCUGUGUACGUAGGUGUGCAGGGAGGCAGGGCAGGGACAUGGAGAUUGGACUACGGAAGACCUGCUCCUCGGACUCCAGCUCCCAGAAGGCUUUGCUCCAGGACUCUGACGAGGACUAGACGAGGCUCAACGGCACACCCUGAAACCCAAGUCUGGUUUCAAAUCCAGGAAGUGCCUUUCAACCGAGCCCUGGGACUCUUUCCAACCCCUUAUUUUCACCUUGUUUGUCCUAGCGACACUCAUCAUGGGAGGUGAAGAGAAAACAUGAAUUAGACAAAUGGAAUGUGCUUGCUCCUUCAAACGUCAGUUCGAAGCUACACCUGUUACAGAUGUGGCAUACGCCUGGCAGAUGGGGAGAGGUGGACCCACUAGUCGAUCAUUUAUAAAUCACACAUUCCGGAAAAAAAAAAUUAUGUAAAAGGAUGCGCGCUCAGGUUUCCUUGCUCUUAAAAGGAACAGUUAACAGAUUGGAAUUUCCUAAAAGAUGGCGCACCUCAACAGAUUUCUGGGUUAGGUGAAAUGAGGUGAAAAAUAAGCAAUUGGAAUGAGCCCCUGGUUUCCUUUGAUUUGCUUGUUUUUAUACUGUGAAAUGGCACUGCUGAAAUGAAAAUGUUUUUAUUCUCUAAAGACACAUAUCAUAAUGUAUUCACUACCUUGUGUGACAAAAGAACACUCAGAAUUGUACAUAAUUUCACACCUUUUAAAUGCUUUCUGUAAGUCAUGCUUUCAAUGAAAUGUUAAAAUUAUUUUUCAGAGCAUUUACUUUGCAAUAAAGUAGAAUAAGCACAGCUUAUUCUGAAAACUGGCA